AUGUCAACUUCAACAGCUCAGAACAAUAGUCCCAACUUUGCCUCUACGCUGCAGUUCUACUCCUCUACUGCAGCACCACCCGUUCAGUCCAACCAGGAUAAGAUGGUCAACUUGGGCAAGCGGGCGGGGGCAGCUGUUGGUCACAUGGCUGACGUUACAGCACUACUGGAAGCGAUCGAGCGAUCGCAGUCGGAAGUACAGAGUGUGAAGUUACGGAUAGCGAAUGUUGCUGGUAAAUUGAAUCAAGUAAGGAUGGCGGUGGCAACAUCAUCGGGGCCGUCUGCUGCUAUGAAGGAUGUUGGUACUAGCAAGCUGAGGGGAGAGAUUGCUAAGGCGAGGGAUGGAAUCAGACAGUUCAAAGAUAUGAUCAAGGAUGCGGCAGAGGCAGCGGCGGCAGAGGAACAGAACACUGUAGGGUUUGGAGCUCUCAAGAAGCGUAUGGCGCAUGACGACAAGACGAAGACAUUAUACGAGAGGGUUGGUGGUGACUUGACGUUGGAAACGGCUGUUGAGAUGGCGUACGGCAGGGCCCUUCAGGAUCCCAGGACGAGAGCACACUUUGAAAAAAACCAGAGGAAGAUGGUGUCAAUUCGACAGAAAAUGCACCAGUUCCUUUCGGGGUUAAUGGGAGGUCCGGUGCUGUAUGACGAGGAGAAUAUAAAACCUGCUCAUUAUCAUAUGAACAUCACUGACUACCAUUUUGAUGCUGUAGUUGAGCACUUCCAGGCUGCCUUUGAGGAGCUUGGCGUCCACCCUAAUGCGGUGAUCGAUGCUGUGAUGGCAUUCAGGACAGUUCGUCGGGAGAUCACUACGGGGUGCACUGUACGUAUGGAGAUCGCAAGAAGGAAUAUGGAAAAAGGGAAAGACCUUUUGUAUAGGAAGGUUGGGGAGUCGACGGGGAUCGCCAAGUUUAUGGACAGACUGUAUGAUCUCAUUUGCAUUGAUGCGCGUAUCAAGAAGUUCUUCCAUGGCAAAGACGUUACUAAAAUCAAGAAAAGGCAGACUGUGUUCUUUACGGAAGUCCUUGGUGGUGAUGAGCAGUAUAACGGCCGAUCACUGCCGGAGGUACAUAAGGGCAUGAACGUAGAUGAUUAUCACUUCGACUGUCUUGUUAUGAAUGCUGAGAGGGUCCUGUCGGGCCUUGGCCUUGGUGACGACACUAUAGACGAGGUGCUUGUUGUGAUGGAAAACCUCCGGGCGGACGUACUGAAUCGGAAGCGUGGGAUUAAUGCUGCACAUAAGAUGGUGGAUGGGAAGACGGUCCUGGAGCGUCUUGGUGGAGAAAUGAAUAUGGAAUCGCUCAUUGAGACGAUGUAUUCGGGAUGCCUAGUGGACCCUAGGGUGAAAUAUUACUUCGCGUUAGAGCCGGCUAAAAUGACGAACCUCAAGGCUAAGAUGGUAUGGCUGCUCCUGGCACAAGUUAUAAUCGGGUUGAGCGGUGGGCCGUCGGUCUACGAUCUGAAGCGUCUGCGACCGAUACAUUAUAACAUGAACAUCACAGACUAUCAUUUCGACACGUUGCUGGAGAAUCUACGAGUGGCAUGUGAAAUGAUGGAGCUCACCCCGGAGCUCACACGGGACAUUGCGGAAGUAGCAGCAUCUGUGCGGCCUGACAUCACGGCUGGGUGCACGGUACGCCUUGAAAUUGCUCGGAAGAAGACAGAGAGCGCUGGUACGGAUGGUCUGUUCUGUGUACUCGGCGAGGAUGAAGGAAUUAUGAAGUUCAUGGACAAACUGUACGAGUCGGUUCUCCAAGACGAUCGAAUUCAGCAUUUCUUCUCGGGCGCAAAGUUGGACUCAGUGAAGCAAAGCCAAGCGGAGUAUGUUGCACAGCUCUUUGGCUCUUCACGCGAGUACAUGGGAAGGGAACUUCCCCGAAUCCAUGCGAUGAUAAGGAUUGCGGAUUUCCACUUCGACUGUUUCAUCGAGCAGUGCAGGAAGAACCUAGCAGCAUGUGGACUGGACUCAGACGCUGUUGACGAAUUGCAUCCUGAUCUCCGAAAGCAUGAUACCAAGCGGGCGCAACAGUUAGCAAAUGUGAAACCCAUAUAUGAACGGAUUGGCGGGGAGCUUGCUAUCACCAAGCUCAUCGAUAUAGUUUACGAUAAGGCCAUAGUUGAUACAUGUCUACGUAGCUUCUUUGAGAAGAACAAAGCCAAGGUGUCUUCUAUUAAGAAGAAAAUGAUUCAGUUCCUCUGUGGAAUAACUGGUGACUUCAUCUAG